GAUCUAUAUCUAUAUAUUAAUUAAAGAGUUUAUAAAAUUCGCAUCUUAUUUGGAGAACGGACCAGACGGAGUAAUAAGAAUCGAAUACAUCCUAAUUAGAAGAAGGGAAUGAGAGAAUUUUCUGAUCUUCGUUAAUCGAAAAAUAUGGUGCAACAAAAAUUGGAAACUAAUAAGUAACUUACUAACUGAAAGCUAAUCCUUUCAGAAAAAGAAAAAAAGGAAAAAGAAGUAAGAGACGGCUAUAGCGUGUAAGUUGUGCAGGACAAGUGUCGGAUUCCCCAUUGCUUCCUCACCUCUCAAAUUUCUCUUGGCUAUUGGCGUGGAUACAAUGGCGGCCGCCGUGCUAUCUUCUUCUUCUCUCUGUUGCUACGCCUCCUUUCGCGAUAUUCGUAUACCUCAUCCGGCAAAAUUAGCUUCUGCUCCUCGUGAAUUCGGCACCGCAUUCGCCACUGGUUCCCCUCUCUCGAUUCGGACACCAAUCUACAGGAGAAAGGCUGCUCGCAGUUCAACAUCAGUGUCUGUAAGAUGUGAGCAGAGUACAAAAGGCAAUGGUUUAGAUGUAUGGCUGGGACGACUCGCUAUGGUUGGUUUUGCUGCUGCUAUUAGUGUUGAAAUUGCUACUGGCAAAGGGCUCCUAGAGGUAUGCCAUGUAUACCAACGGUUUUCUUCAGAUUUAGUAUCCCUUUCAUGCUGCUUCAACUGUAAUGGGGAUUGUGAAUAUGGGAUGGUAUCAUCUUGGAUGAUAGUUUACUAUCUAUGGGAGAGUGCACAAUGACCUAUUUCACAGCCUGUUGUAUUGUGUUUUAUUUGAAAGGUGUUCCAACUAUAUAUACCUUUAGGCUUUGGAUAAUUAACUAUCAUGGACUGCCAUUGUUGAUUGAGUAGCAUUACCAUCUUAUGAGUGCAAGAGAAAAUGGGGGUGCUCUUUGUAACUGUAAUUAGUGUAAAACAAGGAAACUGUAGCUAUAGGUAUUAUCGGAGUACACAGGGGUAUUGUCCGUAUGUAAUGGCCGUUUAGAUGGUGUCAAUGGACCAGGGACAGGGAUGAUAAUUUCAGGCAAUGUGUAGUAUGUAAAGCUUUUGUUCUUUUAGUAGGACUUCUUUUUUUGAAGGACAUCUUAUAAUCUAGGUUUUCUGUAAUCUAUGAACAUACUUAUCGUGAAAGCCAAUGAUUUGGUAGGCGCUUCCUUGUAAGUUGGCUGGGUACUGUUCAAGUUUUACAAUAGGUUAAAAAUGGGAGUAGCAUCUUUCUUCCCCCCCCUCCUUGUUGAUGAGGAUAUGAUCUUUCGUAAAGAUAUCAAGAUUUGAAAUGGGAAAAAAUAGACACUAAAAUAGUUUAGCUAGGCCAAUAGUUCCAUGAUACUUUAAACUUUGUUCUUUUUCUUUUCGUAGAUUCUUGAUUUAUGAAUUUCUUCUUCUCUGGCAGAAUUUCGGCCUCACUGAACCUCUGCCAACGGUGGCGUUAGCAGUGACAGCAUUGGUGGGAGUUCUUACUGCAGUCUUCAUCUUCCAGUCUGCAUCCGACAAUUGACAAAUUUAGUUUCUUUCUAUGUGGUGCUUGUACUAGCACAACUCAUUUAUUUUUGUUGAAGAAGUCCUCUGUUAUAUAUAAUGCAACUCUUCUACGUAUUUACUUUGGAAAGAUGUAGCUACUUUCAACAUAGAAAUCAUAUUUGUUUGAAAGUGUAAAGAUACUCGAGACGUUCUUUAACAAUUGAUACAUCAUGGCCUUGGUUCCAUUGUUU